AUGAAUCUCCGGCCAAAGAAUGUCCCACCUACAGAAUGGCGUAAAUUUGGGAAGCUCAAGAUUAGCCCAGCAUUCAAGGCUGUGAGCGAUCAAUACAAGCAGAAAAGAAGCAAACAGAUUUCCCAUACUUGUAGCCGCAAAGGAAUGGUUAGGCUUGCAGAAGAUAUGAAAAAAGAUAGUGCAGAUGCUUCAAACGUCACUAGAUUGAAGGUAUGGGUCAAGUCACACACCAAGAAGGAUGGUACAGCAGUGAAUACGAAUGCUGCGGAGAAAUUUAAGAAAGCAGCCAAACUGAUUGAUAAUGACACUCCUUCAGACUCAACAAAUCCAAAGGAAGAUCUUCUCUCGCAGCUGUUGGGACCUGAUAAUCCAGGAAGGUUGAGGGCAAUGGGUAGAAACAUGAGCAUGUCAAAGUUUGCAUGUUUAAGCAUGAACAACAAAAUUGUGGUUGAGAUGCAGGAGAAGCAAUGUCAAUUACUUCAUAAAGUAAAUGAGCUUCAACAAGAACUUGCGAAAUUCAAAUAUCAGCAGCAGUGGGCAGAAACAGAAGUUGGUGAAAACUCAGCAGCUGCUAUAAGUGUCAACCAAAAAUCACACCCUAGAUGUCUGUUGGUUGAUUGGACUGGAAAUGAUGACAACGUUGCGGAAGGGCUUCUAUUUUCCUCUGAUCCGGAUGAUUUUGUCAAUGACAUUCCCUUAGGCCCUAAUGCUGUUAAAGUGUUGGUUGAAAUUGCAUUUACACCAAGUGCGUUUCUUUGGAGACCUGCACCUCAGAUGUCCACUAUUGAGGAAGCAGUAGGUAAAGUAAUCGCAUGGCCUGCCACUAACUAUGUGAUUUUAGACCAAACAGAAGACAUUGCGAACAAGGGAAUGCCGAGUAGUUCUUCUAGGAAUUGCAAACUUAUUGACUGGUCCGGCUCAGAUGAGACUGUUGGAGAAUGUCGUUCGCAGUCAGAUGACCCAAAAACAUUAGUUAACGGUCUGCCUCUUGGUCCAAAUGCAGUAAAAGUAAACGUGGAAGUGGUACAUGUUCCGCAAACAUUUCUUUGGAGGCCUACAGCUGAGAUGACAUACCUUGAGGAUUGUUUGAUGUCCUCUGUGUCAUGGCCUGCGAAUAGAGUGGUAAUUCAAGGUGACGGCAAGCGCAAAACCUACUGCGACAAGUUCAAAAGCACCAACAAGGGAAUACCGCAAAUCCCCACCAACAAGUCCACAAGCUCCUAUGAAGAAUUCUCAGCCACCUUCACAAUCCUCUCUUCGAAGAUCUCCGGUAAUUUACUUGUUACUAUGAUCAAGUGUGUGUUUGAUAUUGCGUUGAGUAUAAGAAAAAUGGUUUACACAACAAAUAGUUGCAGCGUGGUGUUCAAGUUGAUGGACGUUAAUGGGGACAGCCGUGUUGUCGCUGAAGGUCGGUGGGCUUCAAACAACCAAGACCAGACUGUGCAUUUUGUUCCCUUGGGUGCAAAUGCUGUUAGAGUUUGGAUAGACGUGGUGAAAGUAACUGAUGCAGCAGUUUGGAGGCCGUGUUCUGAGAUUGAAUGUAUGGAGGAUGCAAUAGGUCUUUUGGAGCAUUCUGGAGCAUAUGGGACACAAGGAGCAUGGAGGGACUUGGCACAUGGAAGCAGCUCAACUGGAUACGCAAAGGAAGAAGGGAGAAGCCAUCUUGAAGACCAGCUCGACCGUCCUACUCGACCAACCGGUCGAGUUCCUCAACUCGACCGGCCAAGCUUCAACUCGAUCGAGCUGGAGUCAAAGUCAAACCCGAAAAAUGUUGCUUCCCCCUUGACUUUCCUUUGA